UGUUGAGCACAACUUGAGGAGCCAGCUAACCAACUGAGCGUCCGGAUCUCAGCCUCUGGUCCCUGAACCCCUGCCUGAGAUGAUCCCGUUGGUGGUCUUGCUGUUGCUGCUUCUGAUUCAAGAAGCGGCGGCUCUGUCUGAGCCCCAGCUCUGUUACAUUCUGGAUGCUGUGCUGUUCACCUAUGGCAUCGUCCUUACUCUGCUCUAUUGCCGCCUCAAGAUCCAGGUGCGAAAGGCAGCUGCUAGAUUUGAGAAAUCUGAGGAAGUCUACACAGGCCUGAGUACUCGGACCCAGGAGACUUACGAGACACUGAAAUAUGAAAAACAGCCACAGUAGAAGAGGAACUAAGGAGAGAGGCCCCAUGGUCACAGCAGUCUCUCUGUCCCAGCUCCCUCUACCACCUGAGUGCUCUUCUUUGUCCCCAACCUCUGCCCAUUAAAAUCAAUACGUGAAGUGUCCCUAUCGUCCUCAUUAAUAUGAUGGAACUUCACUUUUCUGAUAAUCAGCUGGCUAUGCCCCUUUAUUAACACAUAAUCCCACCUGCUCACUUUAAUAUCCCUGCUCUUCAUUAAUAUACAAAGAUGUCAUUGACACACACCCCCUUACCAUUCGCAUACUGACCUUUGACCAUCCCAUGUUAUUAAAAGGUCUCCUACACCUUGCCCUAUGUCAUCUCCAUCCCUGCCCCACCUUUUGUCUGUUGAUUGUGGGCUUUCCAUGAGUGGGGCUCAUCCCUCAAUAAAGCUGCCAUUGACUGGA